UCAAGAAAACUGAGUUAUGGUGCAAUUCAACAUCGCCGCUGGUUGGUUUAUUCAAUUUCUCAAAACAAAUUUUUCUGUUUUCCUUGCAGACUAUUCGGUAAUUCACAAACUCAGAUGGUACAAGGAGGGUGUUGUGACUGGAAACACUUGAGUAUUAUUUUAAAUAGGCAUGAGAAUACCAAGGAACAUAUGGCCUUCAUGUUUCAAUGGAUCACAAUGGAAAAAGCAAUAAAGCACGGGCAAACAAUUGACCAGGAAAACGAAAGGCUAAUUCGUGAAUCUCAAAAGCACUGGCACAAUUUGUUUGAGAGAUUGAUUGAUAUUAUUAAUUUCUUAGCCUCUCAUAAUCUGGCAUUUAGAGGUCACAGGGAAGUACUCAAGACAGAUGGGGACACUAGGAAUUCAGUAUCUAUCCUUCAAUACAUUGGAGGCAAAGAUGAAAGUGAAACUUGUAGGAAAAUUCUCACCAAGUGGAUGAACAAUGACCUGGCAGUGAAACCUUAUUGGACAGGGAGAAAUUAUGAGAUGUAUAAUAAUACAAUUGAUUCAUGGUAAGUUUCAUUGACUCUGAAUAUCAACGAUCGAGUGAAAUAUACAGUCUUUGGCAAAGUAGUACAUUAAAUGCUUGAAACUGUGUGAAUACUUGUUUGUGUGAAAAUUGUUUCUCUUUGAAUUAUAGAAUUUUUUUCUUAUAUUUAAAAUAUAAAUUUCCUUUCCACAAGAAUUAAUAUACUCAUUCAGAGUGUUUCUAUUUUAUUUGUAGUGUCAGUCAGAAAGAAUCCCCUGUCUAAAAAGUGCACUGUGAAUAGUGUUGAAACAAUAAUAAAAGCAUGGUUGAGGAUAGCUGGUGACUGUGAAAGAGGUC